CCAAUAAUCGGUUGUGAGACACGGAACUAAUAUUUGCACCCUUUUUUCCCCUGCGGACUGACAACAACAGCGCGCACCUUUGCUCGGAAGAAUAGAUAUAUCAUAACAACCUUUCAACAGCGUUUACCCAGGUAUGUGUGAGGCAGUAGAGAAGGAUCUGUAUGCUGUUCUCGGAGCCAGCCCUUCAGAUUCACUCCAGCAGCUCCGACACAGAUAUCAGAAGCUGGCCUUACAGUGUCACCCGGACCGUCUUGGAGAUGUGUGUGACUCAGAAGCAGAGUCUGGAAUGAAGAUGUUUCUUGAAAUAGAUGCAGCCUGGAAAAUCCUGUGUGAGCAUGAAACUAGGAAUCAAUAUGAUCAACAGAGGAGAGCUCGAGAACUUAAACAGGACUGGCCAGUUGACUGCAUAGUCUCACUGGAGGACAUGACGUGGGACCAGGAUGAGUGUGUGUAUACAUACUGCUGCCGCUGUGGUGGACAAUUCAACUUGACAGAAGAGGAGAUGAAAUGGAGCAGGACUGCGACAGACACACAAAGGGAUAAAGACUGGUAAUGACUCUUCUCUCUCUGGUCACUCAACCUGCAAAGGUCACAGCUGACAGAGACUCUGAAUGCUGAUCAUCUCUCAUCGUUUAUCCCCUUUAAUCCAUGUGGCUAUGCCACUCUCCUCGCAGAGCUGCAAGAGGAAUGCCCAAGAAAGUGAAAAGUUCGACACAAGAAGGAGUGGAAACGAUUUUUUGGAAUCCUGCACUAAUUAUUAUUUUUUUUCUCUCUCUCUCUUCAUCACAAUCAGCAAAAGUGGUCAGUAGCAUUGGAGAUUAUCCAAAGUGAGGGCGGGGGACUUGACAGCUGAUGUUUAAAUGAGGGGUUUGGUAGAAUAUUGAUGUGACAGACACAGAGACUCACAGAGAUGGGCAAAGAAACAAAAUCACUUUCACUCACACACCACCUGCAAUUAGAAUUAGCAUGCUUUAGAUCACUUUUCAACAUCCCCCAACACCAUUUAUCGAACCAGCCCGUUCCCUUCUCGCACGCACAAGACAAUUCAAUGUAGCAAUCAUUUUGUUGCACGUUUGUAACGAACAAUCACAUGGGCUCGGUUCACAGUUGAAGUUAAAAAUGUUCACAUGGAAGCAUGUAAUUUAAUGUCUUUAUUUCACUUUUUGUUUCACGAGGCUUAUCGGAGAAAUGCCUUAUUGGGAAAACAGAGAACAUUUUACCUUAUGUUUUGUCGCAGAUAAUAUUUUACCUUAUGUGACUCAAGCCCAUACCUGUACCUCUACGGUGUAAAUAAUUUUUUCCUUUCUGUUUUUAAUCAAUAUUUUAUCUCCUAGUAAAAAUCACCCUUUUUUCCCCACAAUAUGCAUUGGCUUAUUUAGUGAUUCUGCUACUUGUGUCAAUAAAUGUAGUGGGCAAAAUAAAGAUCAGAAACCAUUGCUAAGAGUGAUAAAAUUAUAUAAAAUAAUAAGAAAAAGAAACCGUACCGCCGAUGUAUAUUUAAGGGUUACAUACUGUAUAUGAACAUGCCAUUUUAAUAUGUGUGUGACCAAUUGCGGGUAGAGCUAGGAAUUAUCACAUAACACCAACCCCCCACCCCCAGCACCCUAUUUGUGUCUAAGAGAAUUGAGGACAAGGUAAAAAGGAUACUAUGCCUGCUUUGGGCGUCUUUUGAUGUUUAUGUGUGAUUCUACGUGUCAUCUUAUAAUUUUGAUCGGUAACAGUAAAGACAUGGCCCACAGAAUUUCGGAAUUAAUUUUACUCAUAAGAGUAUUUGUAUUAUUGGCAAUUGUUAUUCAUUAAAAGGUCAAAAUUGUUUCUGAGGAAAAAAAUAUUUUGCCAACAUUUCAUUCCACUUAAGUAUUCGAAAUGAAGGUUUAUGAUUUGCAACAUGUUUUCUGAAGAUGCUAAUUUGAAUUUGUUAAAGUGUUAGAAAUAUUGUAUGUCUAUCGUUACUGUGAUUUUAUAAAGACAAGCGUGUAAUGUGUUUAAUGAGUAGUCAGGAUUAUUUAUGCACUUGUAUCCGCAGUUUAAAGGGUAACACAUGUAAAUUGGGCAACUCAAACAAUAUUUUUGAAGUCGUUUAUGUCUUUACUGUUAUAAAAAGAGGUGUGAAUGUGAGUGCAAAUGGUUGUUUGUUUCUAUGUGCCCAGCGAUUGGAUGGCGACCAGUUCAGGGUGUAUAUAUAGUAUAUACUGAAGAUGGCGGCACGGUGGACGACUGGUUAGCACAUCUGCCUCAGAGAUUCUGAGAACCCGGCCUCGCCUUGUGUGGAGUUUGCAUGUUCUCCCCGUGCCUCCGUGGGUGUUUCUCCGGGUACUCCCACAUCCCAAAAACAUGCACGGUAGGUUAAUUGAAGAAUCUAAAUUGUCCGUAGGUGUGAAUGUGAGUGCGAAUGGUUGUUUGUUUCUAUGUGCCCUGCAAUUGGAUGGCGACCAGUUCAGGGUGCCUCUAGCCCGAAGACAGCUAGGAUAGGCUCCAGCAUGCCCGCGACCCUAAGGAGGAUAAGCCGUACAGAUAAUGGAUGGAUGGAUGGUUGGCGUACCCACAGAAAGAGUGCUGUGCACUAAACAGAACAAAAACUAAUGAAAAGUAACUUCCCUGUUGCUAAACUGCAGCAGUCCGGGUUAAACAUAAGUAAUGUGUAUUGGUUUAUACUUUAGGUCGCCAAUCGUCUGGGGGGAACAACUCCCUGCCCUGUUCCAUCUGUGUAAUGCGUCCCUCACUACCUGUCCCCUGUCCUGUUCAUCUAUUUGCAUGGAAGGCCAUCACAUUAUUGUCUCUUUUUUUAUCGAUCAAAUCCACACCGCAUCACAGAGAAAACCAGCAAGCAGGUUUAUUAUCCAGCUUCAUGUACUCAGCUGGCAAGGCGAUGCUCAAUACAUGGAUUUAAUCAUAGAAUAUCCUAUAAAAAAAGAAAAGAAAAGGCACUAUAUUUUUUUCAUCAGUUGUUCACUGUCCCUGUAUGAGCAUGCAUGUAGCAACAAUGGCAAGAGCUACUGCAAACGUUUUUUGCUGGGAUUAGGGUCAAGGGAUUACAAGAAGGGCAUAUUGUCAAUAUGCUAUCAACACUUUAGAGCUAUCAACACUGAUUUGCAGUUAAUAAAAAAAAAUAGAUUUUUUUCUGGGAACGUAAAGGUUCAGUUUUCAGGUCUGUACAAAAACACUUUCACAAUAUUAUUUUCAGGAUUUGGUGGGUCUGUCUUGAUCUGUCAUGUUUGACAUUUGAUACCCAUGUGAAACAAAUUGUAAAUGUUCAAUGUUUAUUGUAUUUUUAUUUUGUGCAUUGCAAAAAUGAAAAUUUUACCUAGUG